AUGGCUCCUCGACUCCGGGUUCUUGCAGGUACAUCUCCUUCCUCGAUGGUUCCCAUAACACACCUCGUCAACACUCCACAUUCACACCCUAUCCGCUCGGACUUAUUUGAAGGUGAAUUGGUAGCGCAGAUUCAGGGCAUGACGGACGAGCAGGGAAAAGUACGCGAGUCUGAAUAUUUCAAGAGGGAAGAUCGCAGCGGUGUUACAUGGAGUAUUGUUGUCCGAGGCCGGUUCCUAGUACCCUAUUCAGCGGACGACAUUUUAUUCGGAAACACAUUCGAUAGGCCUCUCAAGUUACCAUGGGGAACAAGUGCGGUACUUAAAUUCAUGCACUACAUCGACCCAACUCUCGAACACGACCUCACAUCUUCCACCAAGCCAUGGGCACUUUCACCCCUAAUAUCGACCAUGCCUCAUUUCAUGCACACGAGGAUUCCACCUUCAUCCUCCUCAUGUAUGCUACCCCCCUUCUCAGCGAACCAGUCCAUCCAAGACAGGAACUCUGAGCUGUACCUCGCCCUCUCUGAUGAGCUCGAUGAGGGAGAUUCUGCAUCCAGCUCGUCAGGAACAUCAUUCCGCUCUGCGUCCUCCUCCUCCGACAACGUCGCACCGGUAAGCCCGAGUCCCCUAUCAGCCGCCAGAUCCAGCUCGAAGGGAUCCUCAUCCGGCGGCUCGAGCUUCUCUGUCAAAUCCGCCAUGCGCAAAGUCAAACCGAAGCGCGCGCGGAGUACGCUUAGCACCGGGUCUUCUUCAUCGUCCGAGCAAGGCGAACGCCGUAUGAAGCGUGAGCGGGAACUGCAGACGCUUCAGACAGCGUCGCAGCGGCGCAGCUACUUUGCGCAAAAAGCCCGCCGGCAGGAUGUGGUCUUCGGCCCGGAGGAUGUGAUCACGACCGAUUUUUGUUAUGGGUUUAUCAGUUUUGCGCCGACGUUAGCUCUGCAACUUCCCGGGGGAUUGUCUUUUGACUUGAUGAAGUAUUGGGACGGACAGCCGGUGCGGUUUGUUUGUUGUGAGCGGGUGCGGAAGGAGGAAGGAGGAGAAGAUAGGAACGGAAAGGAGCCAUGGGGAAGGAUGUUUUGGUGUGUAGCUAUCGAGAUUGUGGAUGAGGAUGAGGAUGUUAAUUGA